UUUUUAGAUCUAUGAAGAAUGCAUGGAAUCAAGAGAAUAUUAGUUUUUUGCACAUUGACAACUAUUUUACCAAUUAUACUCCUCAUAACACCACUGUAUUUACGUCAUAAUUUCUAUGCAAAUGUAGCAUAUGCUGUAACAGAUUCUGAUAUCUUAGAAAUUACAGAUGGAAUUUCUACAAUAUUUUGCUCAGCACAUACUUUACAAAUGAAUAGAACAUUUAACGCUUUUCAAAUGACACAAAAGCCAGAAAUUACUUCAUACAGGAAACAUAUGCGCCUUAAAAAAAGUAUGACUUUACCAGAUGAUACAUUAGAGUAUUGGGGAUUUUACCUUUUAAAAGGAGCAAGUGUAGUCCUUUCUGUUUGUUCAAGGUUUCAAGGUGCUUCUAUACUUGUUGUUAAAGGAGAACGCAAUUUACGAACAUGUGGUAUGUUGGAACAUCAUAAUGCACAAGUUGUAGAAAGUAUAUUUUUACCAGAAGCAAAUCAACAAGUUAAAGUAACAUUUAAAUCAAACACAGAAGAAAUUACUUUUAAUAAUAGCAUUAUACAAGUUAAUCACAAUAAUACACUAAAUGAUAUGGAAGAUAAACUUUUACGUCACGGUAUUUCAAACAAUACAAAUCAAGAUGUUAUGGAUUUUCAUUCACAUGAAAAAGGUAAUUUUACAUCUAAUCAGAAAAAUUAUGGAGACAAAUUGGUAAAAGUAAUUUUGAGUGGAAAUAUUCAACAAUAUAUAAAAUCCACACAAAAAGGUAGUGUACGUAGUAUUCGAAAAUUAAGGCAUGCUAAAAAGAGGCAGUACAGAGAACAAAUGAAAGAGAAAAAAAGAAAUAUUAUAGCACAAGAAAGAAGAAGAACACAAAGAAAUAUUAAAAGUGAGGUGCAUAUUAAAAAGAAUACAAAUAUGCCUCUAAAAAGAUUACUAAAAAAAUUAAAUUUAGAAGAAAAUAGCAAAGAUGAUAGUAAAGAAGAAUCAAUAAUACUAAACAAAAAAAGAAUCAAAAGAAAUCAAGAACUUGUUAAACCAACAUUUUUACUUGAUCAAGGAAUUAAACAUGGAGGGAAUACAGGAAAAAAUACAACAGAUACUGAUAUUGAUUCUUCAGUAUCCAGUUUUGAAAAUGAAUUAUUUAAAUGUUAUGGAGGUUCUAUUUUAAUAGCUCAAGAAUUUGCACCUUCUGAACAAUGUACUGAUGUCACUUACUUACUUAACAGCAAACAUAUGCAAGCAGUACACAAUGUGGUAGAAAAUGGUUAUUAUUACUAUAUUUUUUAUAGUGACAAUGAUAUUGUAUCAAAUGACAUAUAUGCAUUAUUUGAUAUUUAUAAGCCUAUUUUUCAUUAUGAAAAUGUAACUAAGUCUUGUAUAAAUCAAACAAAAUGUUCUUUUUCUAUAAAUUUAUUAUCUUCUGAUAGGGUAAUUGUUGAAAUACCAACUAAAGAUGAUCUUGAGUAUGAAAUAGAUGAUGUUAAUUUACUUCUAUCAAUUUGUCACCCACGCAUGGAAGUGUACAUCAUAUUUCCUGUUGCAGUAUUAUUUUUUAUUCUUGCUUGUGCUUUCAUGUAA